AUGGAAAGAGAAUAUGAAAGAGGUUACAUAAAAAAAGGACCAUGGAGUAGUGAAGAAGAUGAAGUGUUGUUGAAACAUGUUAACAAAUAUGGUCCUAGAGAUUGGAGCUCCAUUCGAUCCAAAGGUCUUUUGCCAAGAACUGGAAAAUCUUGUCGGUUAAGAUGGGUUAAUAAGCUUAGACCCAACUUGAAAACAGGAUGCAAGUUUUCAUCAGAGGAAGAAAGGGUGGUGAUAGAAUUACAGGGGCAAUUUGGGAACAAAUGGGCCAAAAUUGCUACAUAUUUGGAAGGGAGAACAGACAAUGAUGUGAAGAACUUUUGGAGUAGCAGGAGAAAAAGGAUGGAGAGGAAUUAUCCAAGGACACCAUCACCACCAUCAAAGCAACAGAAAAACAAAGGAAAAGCUGUUUCUAAUCAAGUAAAAGUUGAAAAGGUUCCUGAAUGUGGUUCCAAUCAGCUGGAGGAAAAUCUUACUUACCCAACUUCUUAUAUGGCAAACAAAGAAGAGUUCAAGAUGAUCAACCUUCCAGAUUUGACAAAGCCAAACUACCAAAAUUUGGAAAGUGAACUUAAUGGAAUUAUUGAGUUUGAGGCCACUCCACUUCACACAGUACCAUCAUUUGAGUCUUCAUCAGCAUACAAUUUUCCAUUACUCCCUGAAUCACAGAUGGACUUUCCACUAUUCCCAGAGUGCCAAGACCUUGUUCAAGAUCCCUUUGACCCUAAUUUUAUGGACAUGUUUGAGCAGAAAAAAUGUUCAGAAAGUGUGUGGAGCAAGAAGAUUGGAACUAAGUUGCCAAGUCUUGGACUUGAAGGAAAUUCUCAGAGUACAAGUUCAAACUGCUUCUUUCAGGACAUUCCAACUGAGAUUUUUGAAUACUUUUCUCAGUAA